AUGUCUAAAGAAGAUGGUAAAGCUGGCAAUUCACCUUUAAAAAUUGUUAAUUCGAAAACUAAUGGCUUAACAAAACCGACGAAUGAUAUAAAAAAAUUGUUGAAAUCUAAUAAAAAAAUAGAUGUAAAUGAAGCACAAAAAUUAUUAAAUGAAACAGCUGCAGCGUUGAAAGCAGAUCAAAAGGCUUCUAAUGAUGCAAUGAAAAACAUGAGGAAGAAAAUAAAAAGUGUUGAAAAAGAAUUGGAGGAUGCCAUUGCAAAGGCUGAAAAAUCAAAUUCAAAUGAGGAUUGGGCAAAUGUUGAUAGAAUUUCUGUUAAAGCUAGUCGAACUGGAGUAGAAGCAGCAAAGCUUGGAAGACAAAUUGCUGAAAAUGCUGAAAAAGGAAUGGACGCUGUUAAAGAAAUGAAAGAAUUGGAAAAUUUAAUGAAUAAACAAGGGGAGGGUAAGCGAAAUUCUCUUUAUUUUAAGGCAGAAUGUAAAUUAAUUCAUAUUGCAGCUCAAACAUCAGCCACAUUCGCUUAUCCUAUUUGUGAUAAAAUACAGAAACAUGGAAUUGGUAAUGGCAUUAAUGGUAGACAUGGUUGCUUUUGCGGUGAAUAUUACCCGUUCCAUAUAAAGCAAAAUAUUGUAAUGGAAGCUAUCGAUGCCAUAGAUAGAGAACUGAAUCGAUGUUUAUCGAGUUUGACCACAACAACAACUAAACAAAAAUGCUUAGUUGGUGAAGCAAACAUCAUGCCAACUAACAUUUUAAGCAGUCAAGCUGCUGAAGGUGUUAAAGGUCAAAUUAAUCUUGCUAAGGAAGCGAUCAAUAUUGCUGGCCCCAUCAUAAAUAAAGGAAAAGAAGCCGCUAGAAAUGCAAUCCUAAAGGGUGGUGAGUAUGGUGGUGCCGCAAUCGGUGCCUCACUUGGAUCCGCUUUUGGACCUAUUGGAACUGCAGCUGGUGGAUUUGUUGGAAAGUUUGUUGGUAAACAUGUUGCUGGUGCUGCUGCUGAUUAUCUUUUGAAAGAUGGAGGUGUUGUUGAUAAAAUUAGCAAUAAAUUUUCAAGCUGGUUUGGUUGA